GUGAGGGUUCUUAUAUACAUAUUUUUUUUUUUUUUUGAGUAUAGAACAAAAUUCCAAAUCAAUUGACAUCAUCAAUAUCCCCUAGACUUAUCACUUGUUGGGUUGGAUCUCCCUCUGAAAUAGAAUCUCCCACUCAAUUAUACAUUAUUUCAUAUUUCACCUAAAAAAAAACUAAUACAUUUCUAACUCAAAACGGCAAAGCUAAAUAUUUCUUGCGGAAGUGACGGAAAAAUCAACAGGAAGACUUAAAUAAAAUAAUGGGAGCUGUGAACAUAUGGAACCCCAUUGAAGUAGCUGGAGAAGCUUCAGAAAAUUCCAUGUCUCAGAUCCAAUCUUCAUCUCUAUCCGUCGAGCCUUCCCUCCCUCUUCCUCAAAUCACACCUCGCAUCAUAGAGUUGUGCAAAGAUUUGUUCAAAAAAUGGUCUAAUCUUGAUAAUUCUUGCUUCUCUGUUGAGACGGUUUCCGGUGGCAUAACAAAUCUCUUGCUGAAGGUCUCAGUGAAGGAAGAUAAUGGAAAUAACGUGUGUGUCACAGUCAGGUUAUAUGGGCCUAACACCGACUAUGUUAUCAAUCGUGAACGUGAAUUGCAGGCCAUCAAAUACCUCUCAGCAGCAGGCUUUGGUGCUAAUUUGCUUGGAGUUUUCAGCAAUGGCAUGGUGCAGUCUUUUAUCUAUGCACGAACACUUGUUCCAGAAGACAUGAGGAAGCCAAAGCUGGCCGCUGAAAUAGCCAAACAAUUAAACAGAUUUCAUCAAGUGGAAAUUCCUGGUUCGAAGGAACCCCAGCUAUGGAAUGACAUGUUCAAGUUCUUCGAGAAAGCCUCCAAUAUUGAAUUUGAUGAUAUUGGGAAGCAGAAGAUAUACAAGACCGUUUCUUUUGAGGAGAUUCAGAAUGAAAUUAAUGAGCUCAAGGAUCUGACAGACCGUUUUAAUGCUCCAGUGGUGUUUGCCCACAAUGACUUGCUUUCUGGAAAUAUAAUGAUGAACGAUGAAGAAGAGAAACUUUACUUCAUUGAUUUUGAGUAUGGAUCCUACAACUACAGAGGCUUUGACAUUGGAAAUCACUUCAACGAAUAUGCAGGCUAUGAAUGCGAGUACAGCUUAUAUCCAAGUAAAGAUGAACAAUAUCAUUUCUUCAGACACUAUCUACAACCCGAAAAUCCACUUGAGGUAUCUGAGAGGGAUCUUGAUGCUCUGUACGUUGAGACAAAUACUUACAUGUUGGCUUCACACUUAUAUUGGGCUUUAUGGGGCAUAAUUCAGGCAAAGAUAUCCCCAAUCGAUUUUGAAUACCUUAAUUAUUUCUUCUUGCGAUACAAUGAAUACAAAAGGCAGAAGGAAAAUUGCUUCACGCUAGCGAGAUCAUACGUCUCAGGAUCAGAAUUAGGAUCUGGGAAAGCCCAAAAUCUUACUUAACAGGCAAUGAGAGAAUGUGACUUCUUAAAGAAGUUUUCUUGUUUCUUUGUAGUUUGAUUUUUUGGUUGUGUAAUAUUUUUUUGUGAUUCAACCAUGUAAAGACCAAGAAUGAUACACUAAUAAUUGGUGUUCAAGGAUGCCGAGUCUAUUGCCAUAUGAUAAAAUAAUUACCAAA